AUGGCUACCCCAAGACCUCGCGCCCACAUCACUGACCGCAUCGCCUGCGAGAUCUACCUCUUCCGCCUCUCCCAGCCCCCCGGCCAGCUCUGGCUCCCUACCCCCGCCAGCGUCGCGCUCGGCAGGAGGUACGGCAUCACGCCCAAGGCCGUGCGAGACAUCUGGAACAGGCGGACCUGGGCGCACGCGACCCGCCACCUCUGGGAGGAGGAGGAUAGGACGGCACAUGGCCAGAUGGUCGGGGCGGAGCAGAUGGAUGAAAGCGAAGAAAACGUUGAGGGUCAGCAGGAGCUGCCCGAGGACGACCACAGCACUCCCGCGUACGAUGACGACAAGCACUCCCAGCCUGCACAGCCAGCAGCAGGGCGAGCUGUAACAGGAGAUGCGUCAGUGGCGAGCAUGGGGACUGAGCUGAAGCCCGUCAGCUCGUCAACUGCUACUCACUCAGCCGAGGGCUGGCUGCUCUGCCCCGAGCGCAUCUCGCUGUUCACCUCAGUUUGCGGGAAAGACAAUGACAUCAGCACAGGCAGGAGGACAGGCAAGGAGGCGUAG